CUGCCACUCGUAAUGACCGGCGGUUCUUAAUGUCGGAGCAGGCCUUGUGGCCCCUCCCUGUCACCCGCGGGCGGUGGUCGAUCGGCCUCAGCCGGGUCACUCCAGGUGCUAAAUUACCCCAGGCAUCGGAAGGCCGCGCCCCUCCUCUCCACCAGCACUGUCAGCUUGCACAGGGCGUCCUGCAGCCCGCUUCUUUCGGGUUCUGAGUUUUCCCCGACCGGCACGCGUCUCCGACUCCACAGCCCGGCCGCCUGUCCCUCGGGUACUCCUUCGGGGCGCCCCGCAGUCUGUAGCCGCCAUCGCCCCGCAGCUGCACUUGAAACCGCUCGCUCCGCAAAAGUGAUCCUCGGACUGGGGACCUCUCGGGGGAUCGGGAAGCACUGUCAGGGAGGAAGGGAGAGCCGGACGUCCAAGCCGGUCACGCAGGCCGUGUCGCCGCCAUCUCGGCUGCGACAUCCCACGGAGGGAGGAAAAAACAACAACAAAAUUUAAACCUUUGGAGCCCAGUGCUAGAUCUUAACUAAGACAAUGGGUUCAGACAAACGAGUCAGUAGGACAGAGCGUAGUGGAAGGUACGGUUCCAUCAUAGAUAGGGAUGACCGUGAUGAGCGGGACUCCAGAAGCAGGCGGAGGGACUCAGACUACAAAAGAUCUAGUGAUGAUCGGAGGGGCGAUAGAUACGACGACUACCGAGACUAUGACAGUCCAGAGAGAGAACGCGAAAGAAGGAACAGUGACCGAUCUGAAGAUGGCUACCAUUCAGAUGGUGACUAUGGCGAGCAUGACUACAGGCAUGAUCUCAGUGAUGAGAGGGAGAGCAAGACCAUCAUGCUGCGCGGCCUUCCCAUUACCAUCACAGAGAGCGAUAUUCGAGAAAUGAUGGAAUCCUUUGAAGGCCCUCAGCCUGCAGACGUGAGGCUGAUGAAGAGGAAAACAGGUGUAAGCCGUGGUUUCGCCUUCGUGGAGUUUUAUCACUUGCAAGAUGCUACCAGCUGGAUGGAAGCCAAUCAGAAAAAGUUGGUGAUUCAAGGAAAACACAUUGCAAUGCAUUAUAGCAACCCCAGACCUAAAUUUGAAGAUUGGCUUUGUAACAAGUGCUGCCUUAACAAUUUCAGGAAAAGACUAAAAUGCUUCCGAUGUGGAGCAGACAAAUUUGACUCUGAACAGGAGGUGCCCCCUGGAACCACAGAAUCAGUUCAGUCUGUGGAUUACUACUGUGAUACAAUCAUACUUCGAAACAUUGCUCCACAUACUGUGGUGGAUUCCAUUAUGACAGCGCUAUCUCCCUACGCAUCCUUAGCUGUCAAUAACAUUCGCCUCAUAAAAGACAAACAGACCCAACAGAACAGAGGCUUCGCGUUUGUGCAGCUGUCUUCUGCAAUGGAUGCUUCUCAGCUGCUUCAGAUAUUACAGAGUCUUCAUCCUCCUUUGAAAAUUGAUGGCAAAACUAUUGGGGUUGAUUUUGCAAAAAGUGCCAGAAAAGACUUGGUCCUCCCAGAUGGUAACCGGGUCAGCGCCUUCUCUGUGGCUAGUACAGCCAUUGCUGCUGCUCAGUGGUCAUCCACACAGUCUCAGAGUGGUGAAGGAGGCAGCGUUGACUACAGUUACCUGCAGCCAGGACAAGAUGGCUAUGCCCAGUAUGCUCAGUACUCACAGGAUUACCAGCAGUUUUAUCAGCAACAGACUGGAGGAUUGGAAUCUGAUGCAUCAUCUGUAGCAGGCACAGCAGUGACCACCACCUCAGCGGCUGUAGUAUCUCAGAGUCCCCAGCUGUAUAAUCAAACCUCCAAUCCGCCUGGCUCUCCGACUGAGGAAGCACAGCCUAGCACUAGCACAAGUACACAGGCCCCAGCCGCUUCCCCCACUGGUGUAGUUCCUGGUACCAAAUAUGCAGUGCCUGACACAUCUACUUACCAGUAUGAUGAAUCUUCAGGAUAUUACUAUGAUCCGACAACAGGACUCUACUAUGACCCCAACUCGCAGUACUACUACAAUUCUUUAACCCAGCAGUACCUUUACUGGGAUGGAGAGAAAGAGACCUAUGUGCCAGCUGCAGAGUCUAGUUCCCACCAACAGACAGGCCUACCUCCUGCAAAAGAGGGCAAGGAAAAGAAGGAGAAACCCAAGAGCAAAACAGCCCAGCAGAUCGCCAAAGACAUGGAACGCUGGGCUAAGAGUUUAAACAAGCAGAAAGAAAAUUUUAAAAAUAGCUUUCAACCUGUCAAUUCCUUGAGGGAAGAAGAAAGAAGAGAGUCCGCUGCAGCAGAUGCUGGCUUUGCUCUCUUUGAGAAGAAGGGAGCCUUAUCUGAGAGGCAGCAGCUCAUCCCAGAAUUGGUGCGGAAUGGAGACGAGGAGAACCCCCUCAAAAGGGGUCUGGUUGCUGCUUACAGUGGUGACAGUGACAAUGAAGAGGAGCUGGUGGAGAGACUUGAGAGUGAGGAAGAAAAACUGGCUGACUGGAAGAAAAUGGCCUGCCUACUUUGCCGGCGCCAAUUCCCAAACAGAGAUGCCCUGGUCCGGCAUCAGCAGCUGUCAGACCUACACAAGCAAAACAUGGACAUCUACCGGCGAUCCAGGCUGAGCGAGCAGGAGCUGGAAGCCUUGGAACUAAGGGAGAGAGAGAUGAAGUACCGGGAUCGAGCAGCAGAGCGGCGGGAGAAGUACGGCAUUCCAGAACCUCCAGAACCCAAGCGCAAGAAGCAGUUUGACGCUGGCGCCGUGAACUAUGAGCAGCCUACCAAAGAUGGCAUUGACCACAGUAACAUCGGCAACAAGAUGCUCCAGGCCAUGGGUUGGCGGGAAGGCUCAGGUUUGGGAAGGAAGUGUCAAGGCAUCACAGCCCCCAUUGAGGCCCAAGUUCGCCUAAAAGGAGCUGGCCUAGGAGCCAAAGGCAGUGCAUAUGGAUUGUCAGGUGCAGAUUCCUACAAAGAUGCUGUCCGGAAGGCCAUGUUUGCCCGGUUCACUGAGAUGGAGUGAGAAAGAGAGAUGACAGGAGCGCCAAAGAGCACAAGGAAUGGUCUGUCUCCUGAAUUCACUCUACUGCCUGUCUCUUUAAGGGCAUGCCUUGUGCUGUUAAUAGUUUUUAAGGUGAACCACUUCAUUCUGCAAGGUUCUCCCUCCCACUUAAAGGAGUUCCCCUUACAUGGGUUGUCUGGUGAAUGUUCUUCCUUCCUGCCAGAGGGCUUGUGAGUUGGUGAGGGGACAGUGGGCCUUUUAUACUUCAGUGUACAUAGUGUAAUGUAGUGUGUUUUACAUGUGUAGCCUAUACUGUGGCCCAUCAGCCCCUCGAGUUCUUCGGGGGUGUUGAGAUGCCGUAGGUGGUAUGUGAUACCAAAGCCGCCUCUCAUUUGUUGUCGUGCUGUCUUUUCUUGGCAAAAGCCUUGUGUAUAUUUGUAUAUUACACAUUUGUACAGAAUUUUGGAAGAUUUUCAGUCUAGUUGCCAAAUCUGGCUCCUUUACAAAAGAAAUACCUUGAAAAAUGAGUGUGUGUGUGUCUUUUUUCUUGAGUGACCCAGUGAUUUGAGAGUUUAGCAUGUUUUAAAACUCUCUAUGGAAAUUCAACCGUAACUGAUUUAGCUUUUCCACUUUCUUCCAGUUUCUAAAGACUAAAGUGAACAUAAACGCCCCACUCCGGUUUGCAUGGGGCAGGGGUGUUACUGCUCUGCAGGGUAAAUCCUCCCUGCAGAGGAUUUGGCCAUUGAUAAAGGUGAUAACCUGGUCCACCCUCUGCUGAGUUGGAGAAACUGAGGAAACCAUCUCUCUCCCCCUGCAGCACUCCGUUUCUAUCCUGUCACCUCAACUGCUGAGGGGUUACUCAGGGACGUUGCAGGGUGUCCGUUCUAAAUGGUGUCAUCCCAUCCUUGUCACCAUUUUGCCAGCAAGGUCAUGCUUGACAAGCAGAGGAAGUGUAUUUGGAUCUGAGGCUAAUCCCCAGGCCAGAUGAGGUAGAGAUGGCUCCCCCUGUCAUCAUCCUGGCUAAACUGAGUGUUCAGGCUCCACAUCUGAUAUAUAGUUAGGGAGGGGCAACUUGUCAUUAAAACUAGAACUCCAUAAACAAUAAAUUUAAAGAAACAAACC